GGCAGAGAGGCGAUGGCGGACUCGCUGCCCCUGGAGAUGCUCACAUAUAUCUUGAGCUUCCUACCUCUGUCAGAUCAGAAAGAGGCAUCCCUUGUGAGUCGGGCUUGGUACUGUGCAGCCCAGAAUGCCCUUCGAGAGACAAAUGUGCGGUACAACAUUCCUGUGUCCUCUGCCUCACUCUCGGCCAUCAAGAACUUGGGCCUCAGGGGCAUUUCACACAUCAGCUUGACCAAUCUGGAUGGCUCACCAGCUUCGCACCAGGUACUGCAGUCUGUUGCUUACCACUUAGGCCCACACCUGGAGAGCUUGUGCCUAGGUGGGGGCAGCCCCACAGAGGCAUCCUUCUUGGCCCUGAUCCUGGGAUGCCCAGUCCUGCGCACCCUUGAUCUCAGCGGCUGCAACAGUCUUUUCACAUCAGGCACGUUGCUGGCUCAGCCUGAGACAGCGCAGUGUGUCCGAAAGGCAUUGAGUGGCCUUCGUGAUCUUAACCUGGCUUGCCUGCGUGACCUGACUGACCUCAGCUUCAACCAUCUCAGUGGUUGUUUCCCUAGUCUGGAGCGCCUCUCCUUGGCCUACUGCCAUCUAACCUUCGAGUUAGGCCCAACCUGGGGCUCCAUUACCCCCCAGGUUUCCUCUCCCUCCCAGCUUUCCUUCCACAACCUACUCCAGUUCGUCAAAGAGCGAGCUGGCAGGCUGCGUGCCCUAGACCUUAGUGGUACUGGCUUGCCUCCUGAGGCCCUACAAGCCCUGGGCCAAGUGACUGGACUGCAGCUGGAGGAGCUGAGCUUGCAUAGCUGUAGAGACCUCUCCUCAGAGGCUGUGGCCACCCUGUGCCACCAGCAGCCCGGCCUUACUUCCCUGGACCUCAGUGGCUGCUCAGAGCUGACUGACAGGGCACUCUUGGCUGUGAGCCGAGGUCUACAACGCCUGCGGCACUUGAGUCUGAGGAAGCUGCAGCGGCUGACUGAUGCAGGUUGUGCAGCCCUGGGGGCCCUGCACGAACUGCAGAGCCUGGACAUGGCCGAGUGCUGUCUUGUGAGCGGUCGGGAACUGGCCCAGGUCCUAGGCUCUGCUCACAGAGCUCCACCUGCACUGACUUCUCUCAGGCUGGCUUACUGCUCUUCACUGAAGGAUGCCUCAGUGCUCUCCAUGAUCCCAGCACUGGGCCCAAGCCUCAAAGUGCUAGACUUGUCCUCCUGUGUGGCCCUCACUAACCAGACCAUGCAGGCCAUCUGUACCUACCUUCCUCACCUGUCAGUCCUGCGCCUGGCUUGGUGCAAGGAGCUCCAGGACUGGGGGCUUUUGGGGCAGAAGGAGCCGUGUGAGGAGCCUGUGCUAAGUCCCCAGCUACAUCAAGAGGUGGAAAAUCAAGCCCCAGACCCUCAGGAGCCUAAUUCUGAGUCACAGGGCCCCUCCCUGCUCAUGCUUCAGGCCCUGCAGGAGUUGGACCUCACAGCCUGCAGCAAACUGACCGAUGCCAGUUUGGCCAAGGUGCUCCAGUUCCCGCAGCUGAGGCAGUUGUCAUUGAGCCUACUGCCAGCACUCACAGACGUGGGCUUGGUAGCUGUGGCUAGGGGCUGUCCCAGCCUGGAGCGCUUGGCAUUGAGUCACUGCAGCCACCUCAGUGAUGAGGGGUGGGCCCAGGCAGCCAGGUUCUGGCCAAGGCUCCAACACCUCAACCUGUCCUGUUGCAGUCAGCUCACAGAGCAAACUCUGGAUACCAUUGGGCAGGCAUGCAAGCAGCUUCGAGUGUUGGAUGUGGCCAUGUGUCCUCGUAUCAACAUGGCAGCCAUCAGGCACUUUCAAGCACAGCUGCCUCAGGUGACCUGCAUCCAGUCCCGCUUUGUGGGAGGGGCUGACCUGACCCUAACGCUUUGAAGCCGGGUCAGUAACUAUCCCUGAAGCUCAUCUUCCUUCACCAGUAGAGCCUUAGCCCAGGCCUCUGGACCUGAGUUUGCCCCAGUGCCUCCUCCUGCCUUCCCCUGCUCUAGAACCUUUUCUGAGACUCAGGAUGGGACCAUUCCAGGACACUUGCAGCCCCAGUGUACCCUUCAGAUGGUAGCGACCUCUUUUCAGCUACACAUUGGCUGCCAUGGGCCCUGCUUACAGAGGAGCUGGGCCCGAUGCUGGGGAAGGCCAGACUCUGUGCCUCCUGCCAGCCUACUACUCAGACCUAAAGCCUUUGUUCUGCCUGCUCCCAGGGGGUCUCCACCCCUCCUGAGCUUUAGCAGUCAAUCCAUCAACUUCAUUGUAAAUCAAACAAUAUUAAAAAUUCCAGAUUUUA